AGGACGUAGCCUACUUUCACUUUCACCUUCGGCUAUAGGUCUACGUCUUUUCUCCAGACAGAUUUUGUCGCACUUUUAUAACCUGUACUAUGUGAACCUGUGAAAAAACACAUGAAAUAGCGGGAUGCUGCUGGAUUGGUUUGAAAAGUUCAUGACCUUCAGAGGAUAGCAUAUCCUGAAUUCUUCAACCCCUGUGACUGUUAUAUUGAAGAUGGCAUCAGUCAAAGUGAAACCACGGAGAAGACUGAGCUUAGACAGUCCACCUAAUCUGAGCAGAGAAACACCACUGAGGAUACUGGUCUUUGGUGACUCAAGUCAGAAUCAGAUCUCCCUGACACGGUCUGUGCUGGGACAAGACGUCUUUACCAGAGAUGAAGUCAAUAUUUCAGCUACCAAGAAAAAUUCAGGGGUUGUUCAGGAGAGAAACAUAACACUAGUCAAUGCACCAAAUCUUCAAGAUAAUGCCUUGCCGGACAGUAUACUUCAUAAGGAGCUCAGGAAGGCAGUUUGUUUCUCAUGUCCAGGUCCUCAUGCUGUGCUGUUCGUUGUAGACCCAUUUAACUUGACCUCUAACACCAUGAAGCCUAUGGUUCACUUCUUUGGGGAACAUGUCUUGAGGCACACAUUGAUUGUUUUAUACCAUGAGAGAGGCAUGAGAGUUCUGUCCAUAGAAGAUGAGGUAAAAAAGAAUAAGAGCUUUAGAGAGCUUGCUGAGAAAUGUAGCCAGAACUACCUCUUCUUCAAUGGAGAAGUAAACUGGACUGAGGGUAGCCAGACUCAAGCAUUGCUCACCAAGGUGGAUGAGAUGGUCUCGGAGCAUGGAAUGUUCUCAAACAUGGAAUUUAAGGAUGCUGAAAAAAGAAUUCAGAAAGAGGAGCGUUUCAUCAAAAAAUCUAAGGAGAAAGAGAUCAGGGAGACAUUGAAGACUCUGGAGAACCAACAUUCAGGAGAAGCGCUUGCCAGUGAGAUCCUGAAGUAUGAAGAAAAGAUACAGUCGGAGUGCCGAGAAAAAGCAGAGCUGGUUGUUGCAGACAAGCUUGGAUUCACGGUUAGAUUUGUUGAUUAUGCUGUUGCAGUCGGAAAAGGUGCAUUUGUUGGCGCACUUCUGGGAUUUGCAGUAGGAUAUGAAGGAAUGGCAGCUGGAGCUGCUAUUGGUGCUGGUCUUGGUGCUGUGUUUGGGGGUGCAGCUAAUGCAGCAUGGAGCUACAUUUACAAAUCCUUCACAGAUGCCCACUAAUGGAUAAGGUGUGACAAAAAAUCAGCGAUUUUCUGAAUGCAUCGCAAUUCUCUCUGCAAUUGACUCUGAGGAUAUUUUUUUAACAGCAGAUGGCACUGUCUGCUUUAGAAAAAGUACUCUGCUCGGUUCCAGUUCUGUACACACACACACCACUUGAAUCUAAAAUAAUCAUUCAUAAAGUUCUUAAAGACUGAAGCAAAUUACAAGAGUGGUCACAGUGGACUGUGUUUAUUUAAUCUUGCAUCAUACAUAAAAGCUGAGGUGCAAGUACAUUUAACCACUUACAUCACUCAGUCCUCACUUCUUUCGUGAGGAUUCGAGUGUGCGAUAGCCCUGGAGCACCACCUGCUGUUGAAAACUAAGCUCAGAAUCGAUUCCAGAGAAUCGCGAUAAAUUUGGAAAAAUCACAAUAAAUGAUAUCUCAAAAUUUGUGGGUGAUUCAAUCCGAUCUCAUGGCAAUUCGUACAUAUUUUACAAGGUGGCUUAUUCGUACGAACUCGUACGACCAACCUCAUACAAUUUCAUAUGAUUUUAGCAAGCAAAAUUGUAUGUAUUUUACGAGUUGCACAAUUCGUAUGAAUUUGUACGAAUUACCUACACCUAACCCCUCCCCUAAACCUAACCGUUAGGCAAUCGUAUAAAAGUGAGGUUGUACAAAUUUGUACGAAUAAGACACCUCGUAAAAUACGUACGAAUUGGUCGUGAGAUAGCGUUGGAUUUGUCGCUAACUAUAAUUAAGCAAUAUUUUGAGUAGUGUGUUUUUGUGCUGGUACCAUGGCUGGUUUAGACCUGUUAUGAAUAAAUAAACAUGACACUAAAACUGUUAGUAGUUGGUGGUAAAUCCCUUAAUAAGGGAUUCAUGGAAUCAUUCAUUCAAAUAAUUCAUUCAAAAUGGCUGGUUUAUUUAGAAAUGAGCUGCCUGUCUUUAUGAUUCAUUCAAAAACAUAUUAAUUCAGGAACUAAACCUUGCAGUUUUGCCCUGAGAGACACAAACGUUCUGCUCCGGCUUUGUUUUGAAAUGAUUAUAAUAAUUGAAAAUAUUGUGUCUACAGUUUCACUCAGUAUUAACUUCUUGUUUUUGUGAACUGUUGUUAAUAAGAACUUUUGUGAUAACACUCGAGCGCUAAUAUUCAUGAAAAUGUCAAUGUGAUUUUUCAUCAUAUCAUAUAAAUAUAAAUAACAUAAUAUUAAAUAUAAAUAACAAUCCAUAUGGGUAUAUUUUGAAUACUUUUGGUUACAGUGUUCCUCUAGCUCAAGUGGUAGAGCAUUGCUUAACAAGCACAAGGUUGGGGGUUUUGUUUCCCCGGGAGCACAUGAUAAUGAUUGGUAAAAAUUGAUAGCCUGAAUCCACUUUAAGUCACUUUGGAUAAAAGCGUCUGCUUAAUGCAUAACUUUAGUUUAAUUUUAUUUUUGGACUUUCAAACUUUCUUUAAAAAUUGUCUGUAAGUAAAGAAAGUAAGCCUUUUUUUUGUUAUCCACUAUGAUACAAUGAGGUUUUCUGGGGAUGUAAUAGGCUAGUCACUACAUUUUCCGAUGUUUGUCUUUGUGGGCAGCUACUGAGUUCCAGUCCUAGCUUAAGAUCCAUAUCUUAUUCUUUUCCUAUUAAAAAAAAUAAUCAUAAAAAUUAAAUUGUCUCCAUUAGCAAAGCACAAACUAUAAAAGCAUAAUUUGAACUAAAUUUGAAUUCAAAACAUAUAAAAAUUGUAAAGCUGUUUAUAAAUCAUGAUGUGUAAGCGCCAAUCAAUCUUUAAUGCUAUAAAAGUGUUCUGACUCAAUAAUCUACAGCUGCCACAUCUGACUGCGACAUCUAUACUGUAUAUAGAUAUUAUUUUGUAAUCAAACUUAAAAUCAUUGUCGCUGGUCUUGGUAAAUAAUUGCAAGUCAUUUUGAAUGCCUCUACGUCAAAAAAAAUGAUAAGGAUUUUUGCUGAAAUUGCUUUUUAGGGCAUAUCUAAACUUUUGGAAGGCACUGUGUGAAUGUAUUUUGAAAAUCUUUACAGUUAUAAACUAAAUAUGUUUGUACAAAAGAUUUUAUAUGAGAUGUUGUUUAUAUGUAAAUAAAUAAAAUACGUAAACUA